GGUCACGCUGUUUCCACUCAGACUGUGAUAUCUCUUCUGCUGAUUUGCAUGAGUACACGAGCAAGUCGAAUAAACGCUCGAAGAUACACGAUGUUAUUGCAAUAGCAAGCAUUUGCAUAUAAGACAACUCGUUGGAUAAAGGUCGUACCUUUUUACUCUAGCCGGUGUCGCCUUUGCAACUCGAAAACAGGAAAAAUAAUUACUAUGCGAUACAUGUUGCGCCGCAGGAAAAAGAAGAAGAAAAAAAGACGCAGUAUACUAAUGACAGCCACCUCCAUGCUGACUGCUUUGACUUCUGAACAGAGCGAGCCAGCCCGGGUAAAGCCGUAAUUACCUCUCAAGGAUAAACGAUAAUAUCACUUUCCUCAUCACGUCUUUGGGGCGAGACGGUCGACGCUGCACUCUCAUAGGCAAACGAAGCGACUUCUAUAUAAGACGGUUCGUCCGCAACGCUUUCCGGACUGAGCUGGAAUGUCAAGUGAAUGCCACUUGAUUGUUUUCAGGUGGAUUCACUUGACAUUCCAGCUCAGGUUUUUCCGUGCGGGUGUUUGACUGGAAAAGCAGACUAAGAACACUUCACCUGCACGUCAAUGGCAAACAGGUCAGAAAGAAAGGAAUGUGUCUACCUUCAUUUGUGAGAUGUAGCUAGUCUUCACCCAACUCCUACGUGCAUUGGGGGAAAGCCUACUUUAGGAAAUGUUCAGUCUUGUUACUGCAUGUUUCUUUGCAUUUAAACUUAGCGAAACGGUGUUUUUUUUUAUUGUUUGAUUUUGCUUUGACAUAAAACAUAUUUUCCAGUUCAUCUUCCUUCUUUUGCUGUAACUACUCCGAAGAGGUUGAAGGGAAGAGUUUGACAUCUUCCUUGACAACAAGGCAAAAAUGUGUGCUAUACAAUGGAGAAGAGGUGGAAAAAUUUUUUUUUCAAGUUAAUCCACUCGGGAUUCCAGAUGAAGAUUUUUUUUCUCCGUGAGAGUGUUUGACUGGAAAGACAGACUGUGGAGACGUGUUUGAGACGACACACAGGCUGCAUCCGAAAUUCGUGUGUGUAACCUCUUCUCCAUCUGCCACACACAUCUCUACCUAGCACAGGCUGCUCUUCAUCUGCGUCUGAUGAUGACAACCAUGCGCCAUCAAGCCGAGGAUCAACCUCAGGCCAUGUUGUGUCAUCGGCGGCUGACUUGUCUUGACUGGUCAUUACAAACCAAGUUCAUUCUAUACAGCAAGAGGAGAAAGCAAAUUGUCAUCAUAACAGCGAAGCCUCCAUAACACAAGUAAGCUAUGUCAUCCGUCAUGGAAAAGUUGGAUAAACUGAAAAAAUGUGGUGACGGUGAAAUUCAGAAAAUGAGCAACAUACCCAAAAACGAAAAGUUCGAAGUGCUGGACAUUCAGAAAAUUGACACUAUGUAUGGCGAGGCCGUAUACGUGGAGCUCCGCAUGGAAAACGACAAGCCAGUGAAAGUGUAUCUACCUGGACGCUUCAAAAAAUUGUCGGAGGAAGAGCUAGAGGAAAUGCGACUGCUUCCAAAUCUCAAAAUGGAGAAGAAAGAACGGUUUACCAAAGAUGGUAAAAAAGUCAUUUCGCCAGAUAUUAUCUUCACCAAUUCGAAGAGAAAGUGAUGAGAUAUGGUGACGUGUCACUUAUGCUCCCAGCACGAACGGCAGUAUUAUGCAACAGCAUUAGGUCUUCAGAUUCACUUGGCAAAUGUUCACAAUCUUCAAGCCCCCUGCAUUCCUUUUUGUGAGACUUUGUGCACACUGCGAAACUAUACUAAUCGGUUCGAGCUACAUUUACACGACAGGGACGUUAGCGGACAUGAUGUUACAACCUUUUUUCACGAGUACAGACAGUACAUUGCUGAUGUCUUACGACACUUUGGUUUCCCACUGCGCUAUUUUGUAUUGCUUAAAGUGGAACUUGGUCGUCACACGCCAGACGAUGAGUUACAGCUCGAAAUUAGUUUCGUGCCUUCCAAAGUAGUGACAGUAUGGUCAGAGGCAGAUGUAGAACCUUCUAUCACUCAAGUGACUGCUGAAAUAGCACAAAAUUUGGAAAACCUCGAAGUAGAAGGUUCAGGUUUUUUUCUCUUUCGCAUUCAUGCCUGUAUCAUGAACAUUGGACGUUUGAUGCCUCAACUGAUUGGAUGUGCCCAGUUUGAGUUACCGCAAGAAUUGAAGCAUAAGUUUCGUUCUCUGUUGUGUGUGGACUUUGGUUUGCAUGAAGAUGAGCAGAACAUGUGUUUUGCCUUCUCUGUAAUAGCUGCACUGCAUCCUGCUACUGGUUAUCGCAGGCGUAGGGCAUCUUCGUACAGACCAUAUAUUUCUGAGUAUGUUUUUCCGAAAACAUUCCCGGUAGCUUUCCCAAAAGAGGUUGAAGCAUUCGAAAAAAAUAAUGGUAUCAGUAUCAAUGUGUACGCCUACGAAAGGGAAGACAAAUCUCUGUACCCCAUCAAGGUUGUCGAUGACGAGCGUGAGAAACAUGUGGAUCUGUUGCUAAUCGACUCUCAUUUUCUGCUUAUCACAAAUUUUAAUGGAUUAUUUCAACCUAGCGGACGGUUUCAUUGCAAGAGGUGUAUGAUGGGCUUCUCAUCAGACAGAAUCCUCAGUGAUCAUUUAAAGAUGUGUUUGCAUCAGAAGGUUGCUAAGACAAUUUACCCUAAGAAGGGAGAGACGGUAGCAUUUGCCGGGGAACAUCUCAUGUCGGAAGUCCCUUUCUACUGUGUAUAUGAUUUUGAAAGUGUUUUGUCACCUUGUUUGGAGGAAACAAACGUGUAUGAGGAUCACUGUCCUUCCUCAUUUUGCCUUUUGGUUAUACGUGCAUCCGACUCACACGUGUUGCAAAAGCAUCUUUUCCGUGGUCCUAAUUGUGUCACAGUAUUUAUGGAGCUGCUGCGGAAAUUGCAUGACGAAAUUUUAGGAUGGAUACAUGCUUUUGCACCUCUAGAAAUGACUGAAGAGAAUGAGCGUCAACAUACAGCAGCCACUCAUUGUAAUAUCUGCAAAGAAUCCUUUGCUAAAAGACAAAAAGUUCGAGACCAUGACCAUGUAAGCGGAGAAUUUCGACAAACACUAUGUCAGACGUGUAACCUGAAACUGAGAGUGCCACCCAAGAUUCCAAUCAUUGCACAUAAUGCUAACUAUGACAUGAGUUUUCUCCUGUCUCAUUUACAUCUGCUUAAGAAGUCAGACAUCAACGUGAUUGCCACCAGCUGUCAAAAAUUUAAAGCAAUUGACAUCGGCUCUUAUCGAUUCUUGGACAGUUUGAGUUUUCUGAACGCAAGCCUUGAAACACUGGUGAAAAAUCUACGUGAUAAAGGUGAAUCCAACUUUCAAUGCCUUCGCCAGUUUUUUCCAAAUGAGGAACACUUUCAGCUGGUUGUUCGUAAGGGGGUCUUCUGUUAUAACUUUGUCACCAGUUUUGAAGCCUAUGAUGAGCCUUCGCUACCACCUCGAGAUAAGUUCUUUAACAUUUUGAAUGGAACCGAAGUAAGUGAACAAGACUACAACCACGCGCAGAAUGUGUAUGAAAAAUUUCGGCUCAAGAGUCUUGGAGAGUAUUCGGACUUAUACCUUCUGACAGACACACUGCUUUUAGCAGAUGUGUUUCAGAACUUUCGAAAGUGGACACUCGAUGUGCACAAGAUUGAACCGUUUCAUUUUGUAUCCCUUCCAGGAUUAAGCAUGUCUUGUGCACUAAAAAUGAGUCAGGUAGAACUAGAACUAAUUAACGACCCCAACGCGUACCUGCUCAUCGAGAAUGGCUUACGAGGAGGUGUCACACAGUGCUCCCUGAGAAAAGCAACUGCGAAUGUGCCAGGAACAGAACAGUUUGAUCCCGAAAAAGAAAAAAAAAUUUAACUACAUUGAUGUAAAUGGCCUGUAUGGAGCAGUCAUGAGAGAACCAUUGCCUUACGGAGGAUUUGAGUGGCUCACUGAGGAGGAAAUUGUUAACUUGGAUAUAGCUCAGAUACGAGAUGAUAGCCCUGUGGGUUACUUUCUUGAGGUAGACCUAGUGUAUGACCGAGCAACUCAUGAACGCCACAGAGAUCUUCCCGUUGCCCCUGAAAAAAUGUCCGUUCGUUAUGAGCUAUUGUCAGACUAUCAGAAGGCGCUCAUGAAGAAGUUCAAUCUUCCACAGAAAGCUACCGAAGCAAAACUGUUGCUAACAUUAUUUGAUAAAGAGAGGUACUUUCUCCACUAUCGCAAUUUGCAACUGUAUCUGCAAUUGGGGUUGCGUCUCACUAAAGUUCACAGGGUUCUCAAGUUCAAUCAAAAGCCCUUUCUGCGAUCCUAUGUCGACUUCAAUCACGAACUUCGGAAGCGAGCUACAAACGCAUUUGAGAAACAGCAAUCAAAGCUAAUGAUUAAUAGUGUAUAUGGCAGGACAUGUAUGCAAGUCAGGAAAUUCGUAAAUUGUCGCCUCACAGUAACAGAUGAGCAAGUGUUGAAGCUUCUACGUAAACCAAACUUGAAACAGUUCCGCCCUCUGAGCUCUCACGUCAUCUUGUUCCAAUUUAGUCAGUCUGUUCUUCGCAUGAAGCAACCGCUGUACCUGGGCUUCACAAUAUUGGAAUUGUCUAAGCUGAAGAUGUUUGAUUUUUAUCAUAACCAUCUUCUCCGUGUAGCCCCUGAUACACGACUGCUAUACAUGGACACUGAUUCUUACAUUGUGAUGCUGAGUGACGAUAAAGUACUCCACGAACUAGCUGACGAGCAUCUAGACAACUCUGGAUAUGACCCUGAUCACCCACUCUAUUCGACAAAAAACAGGAUGGUACUAGGAAAGUUUAAAAAUGAGCUUCCUCGUGAUCACAUUCUUGGCUUCUGUUGUCUGAAGCCAAAGCUGUACGCCCUCGAUCUGUGCAGCAAAAAGCAGUACAAUCGCGCUAAGGGUGUUAAACAAUGUGAAGCACAAAAACUCCACUUCUCUAUGUAUACGAAUGCUCUCGAGCAGGGCACAAUGCAUAAAGUUAAACAGAACCUCAUUGUGCACAAGGACAAUGUCAACAAAAGUGUGUCAGUGACAAAAAUAGCCCUCAAUCCACUGGAUACGAAACGCUUCAUUUGUGAUGAUGGAAUUGACACGCUACCUUUUGGCUAUGGUUGAAUUUUUUUAAUGUGUACGGAUUGGUCUCUCUAAUGAAGCGAUGGUGUUGGGGUGUGCACCGUCACGAGGUUUCAUUACAGAGUUGGCAUACGGGAGUAGGAGGGAACUCAUCUGUUAUCACCCCCGCAACAGAUGUUGCCCUUCUAUUCCUGGUCCCACAGAAAAAAAUUGUAAUAAAGAUGUUACAUCCAUAUAGCUAUGGUUUGUCAUAUAUUAGAACAAUGUCAUGUUAGAACCAUGAACUAAAGCUAUUGCAUUAUUCCACAUCUAUGGUUGUCAGUGUGGGAUUACUUACAACUGUGAGUUAGGAGCUAGAGGAUAUUUGUUAGCCACGAGUGAUGACUAAGCUGAGACCUGGUUUGAUGAAUUUCAUGUCUUCCUGAAGUAAUGUGUAGCUCUUGAUGUGAGUGAAAGAGAGACAGUUUGCUUUCCCAUAUUGCUGCAUGCAUUUGAGAUGGAAAUAACAACUGACUUUGUCUGCAAGUCACUGUUUGUAAAUGGACCAUCUCAGACGAAUUUGAUUAUAUGUGCGUGAAAUAACCUGUUUUCUAAGAAUUUGAUUAUAAGAGUAUGUGAUAACCAGUUUCUAAUAGCAUGUAUGUAAUCUAUAACAACGUCUUUGUUUGCAAGUCAGUGUUUGCAAAUAGCCUGUCUCAGAUGAGAGUCACUGUUUGUAAAUGAUCCGUGUCAGAAAAUUUUUGAUUAUACAGUCAAACUUCUUUACAACGAAACUCAGGGGACAGCAAAAAAAAUUCGCAGUAAAGGUAUUUUCGUUAAAAAGGAUGUCCAUUAUUGGACCUAUAG